CCUCGGUGGAGCCUGGGUGGGGAUGGGGGAGGGCAGGAGGGAGGGGAUCCCCGGAGCCGAAUAAAGGCGGAGGAGGGAGGAGAGGAAGGGAGGGAGGAGGCGGUGCCCUCCUCCAGCUCUGAUUCCCCAGCUGGUCUCGGCUCUUUUCCGAAACUUUCCCGUGCGUCCGCUGGGCCGCCGCUCCAGCCGCCGGGCGGGCCCCGAGGCGGCCGCUGCGGAGCCAUGAACCGGCUAGCCAAGCGCGGGAGCGAGACGCUCAUCGAGAUGGUGGCUACGGACGAUGAUAUUGCUGUUCUCACCAAGUUCAAGUCCACAAAUCCAGAAGGAGAAGAAUCCAAUGGACCUCUGUACAAAACGAAUUCCACUGCAGGAUCCGAACUCCCAGGCAGCUCCGAGGGUCUAAGCAGCACUGAGACUACCUUGCUCAUCUCUGAUCAUCAAGGGUUUGACAAGCGCCAGCAAAGCAAGGAUUCUAUUUUCUUCUGUGAUGGGGUACGGCGAAUUGAUUAUGUACUUUCCUAUGUUGAUGAUCCAAAGCAGGACGGUGACAAAAAAACAGAAAGAAGAAAGGAAUUUGAAAAUAACCUCUUAAAAUCUGGCCUGGAAUUAGAAACAGAAGACAAAAAGGACUCUGAGGAUGGCCGAACUUACUUCGUCAAGAUCCAUGCCCCUUGGGAGGUGCUGACCACAUAUGCAGAGGUGCUGAACAUAAAGAUGCCUAUUCGGGAGAAUGACAUUCCCUCAGCCAUGGAGAAUCCCUUUGAGUGUAUGUUUGGGCCCUUCCGGCUCCCAAAAGAAGUGAUGAACCCUGAGCCAGACUACUUCACAGCCCCAUUCAGCAAACAGAGGCAGGAGCUCUUCUUCAUUGAAGAUGAGAACACCUUUUUCUCGCCAUCAGUGAGAAAUAGAAUUGUUUACUAUAUUCUCUCACGGUGCCCUUACGGUACAGAAGAAGGAAAGAAAAAAUUUGGCAUUAAGAGACUGCUAUCAAAUGGUACCUAUACAGCUGCUUACCCACUCCAUGAUGGCCAAUAUUGGAAGAAAUCGAAGGAUCAGAACUGUGGCAAUGAGCGGUAUACCCUCUAUACCCAAUGGGCUCGCUUCUUGAGGUUUUAUAAGGAGCAGCCUUUAGAUCUGAUCAGGAGAUAUUAUGGAGAGAGAAUUGGUAUCUAUUUUGCCUGGCUGGGAUUCUAUACCGAGAUGUUGUUCUUUGCAGCAGUUGUCGGCCUGAUCUGUUUUAUCUAUGGUUUGAUAACAAUGACUGGCAACAUGAGCAGCAUAGAAAUCUGUGACGAGUCCAUUGGAGGAGAGAUCAUCAUGUGUCCUCUCUGUGAUAAGAACUGUGAAUAUUGGAAAUUGAAUUCCACGUGUGAGUCUUCAAGGUAUUCGCACUUGUUUGAUAACGUGGCCACCUUAUUUUUUGCAAUAUUCAUGGGAAUUUGGGUUACCUUGUUCCUGGAGCUGUGGAAACGGCGCCAGGCCCGGCUGGAGUAUGAGUGGGACUUGGUGGACUUUGAGGAAGAGCAGCAACAGCUCCAGCUGAGACCUGAAUAUGAAGCCAAGUGUACUCAGAAGAAAAAGAACCCUGUGACUCAGGAGAUGGAGCCUUACUUGCCCCUAACUAGUCAGGCGCUGCGGUUCUGUUUCUCAGGAGCUACCGUGUUGUUCUGGAUCUCUCUGAUCAUAGCCAGUAUGAUAGCAGUGAUUGUGUACCGCCUGUCUGUCUACGCGGCAUUUGCAAGCUUGAUGGAAGACACAGAAACCCUCCAGCCCAUCAGCAGCCUGCUCACGCCCCAGCUGGCCACAUCGGUCACUGCAUCCUGUUUGAACUUUGUCAUCAUCAUGAUCCUGAAUUUCUUGUACGAGAGGAUAGCCAUCUGGAUCACGGAUAUGGAAAUUCCUCGAACCCACCUGGAGUAUGAGAACAGGCUGACGAUGAAAAUGUUCCUGUUUCAAUUUGUCAACUAUUAUUCGUCAUGUUUUUAUGUGGCAUUCUUUAAAGGGAAGUUUGUGGGCUACCCAGGAGCCUACACAUACAUGUUCAACAAAUGGAGGAAUGAAGAGUGUGAUCCAGCAGGCUGCCUCAUCGAGCUGACAACACAGCUCACCAUCAUCAUGGCUGGAAAGCAGAUCUGGGGCAACAUCCAGGAAGCCAUUCUACCUUGGGUUUGGAACUGGUGGAGACGCCGAAGAGCAAGGACCAACUCUGAGAAACUGUACAGCCGAUGGGAACAGGACCACGCCCUUCAGUCUUUUGGGGCCUUGGGGCUGUUCUACGAGUACUUAGAAAUGGUUAUCCAGUUUGGCUUCAUCACACUGUUUGUGGCCUCCUUUCCUUUGGCUCCUCUUCUUGCCCUUAUGAACAACAUUUUGGAAAUCCGCGUUGACUCUUGGAAGCUGACUACCCAGUACAGGAGACCUGUGGCUGCCAAGGCCCACAGCAUAGGAGUGUGGCAAGAAAUUCUCAAUGGCAUGGCUGUUCUGUCUGUUGUUACUAAUGCCUUUAUCGUCGCCUUCACAUCGGACAUGAUUCCCCGGCUAGUUUACUACUAUGCCUACUCAACUGACCACAAUUCCCCCAUGUCUGGAUACAUUAACAACAGCCUUUCCGUGUUCAAGAUCUCUGAUUUUCCAGUAGAACCUGGGGCGAGCCUGGGUACAUUCACCACUUGCAGGUAUAGAGAUUACCGCUAUCCCCCUGACCAUGAAAAGAAGUAUUUACACACUAUGCAGUUCUGGCACAUCCUUGCUGCCAAGAUGGCCUUCAUCAUUAUUAUGGAACACAUUGUUUUUAUUGUCAAAUUCUUUGUGGCCUGGAUGAUCCCUGACGUCCCCUCAGAAGUGAAAGCCCGAAUCAAACGAGAGAAGUUCCUGACCAUCCAAAUCCUCCAUGAGUAUGAGCUCAACAAACUCAAGGAGAAUCUGUGCAAUAGGACAGAUUAUCAAGUGGAGAAGGAAGUUAUCGCCACAGAAGGGAAAAGGGAGCUGGCCCAGGUGAUGGCAUAGCCAAGGAACCCAACUGUCGCCUGGUGGCCUGACUUGCUUCAAUUCUCUGGGAUGUGGCUCUGGGCCAGGAACCAGAUGUGCAUUUGGGUCCUUCAUUUUUUUUACCCAAAGAUUUUGAACUCUUAUAGAAGUCACUGGUCCCAAGCUUUGCCAUAUUGGAAACCCGUUGUAACUCCACGGUGCCAGCUCUCAUCACAUGCUAUUUUAUGGAUUUCUGUUUAUAACUGUUAAAGUGUGUGUCCAGAAUCCAGUUAUUAGAAGAUCAUGGAGCAGCAACAGCUGCUUAAGUCAGAAUUGUCAUGGUAAGGCAACAUUUCACCCUCCAGAACAUCGCCAUGUUAUCAAAAACUUCCGUCCUCUAGAACAUUUUGUACACCUUGGUCUUCCUAUUGAGUGAUUGUAAGACAAAAAAUAAAAAGGAAAGGACUGUGUCUAACAAAGCAUUCACAUCUUGCCAUUUACCCAAAGAACUAAAAUCAUUUGAUUUAAAAGAAACACACACACACACACACACACACACACACACACAUUGCAAAAAUUAAGAAGACUAAAUCAGGUAAAACAUGAUUUUUUUGGGGGCCCAGUGCUUAAAUUUAAUGAAUUAAAUGUCCACUAAAAUCCAGGAAGGCUGGCCUUCCAGGAAAUUUCAGAAUUGUUUUUCCCAAAGACAGACUUUUUAGCAUUACAAAGAACUAACCCACCCCAGUUCUUGAAUGCUGUUGUCUCUAACCUGGGAAUCAGGCAUGCUUUGGUGUGUUGAAUUUCUGUGAGUCUUCACAAGUAUAAAAUGGGUUGUAUAGAAGCUAAUGUCUUAUCUUAAUAUUUAAAGAAAUCAAGACAAUGUAUAUUAAUGUAUCUGCUCUCUUUAAAGUUAUGAAGUUGGUAGAAUUAUUCUUACUGAAGCCUUGCCUUCCAGAAUGCUUCUCUCGCCUCAUGGAGCCAUUUUUGCAUACUGUCAGACGGUAGCAUUAGCCAUGUGUAUCAGUUGGCCAUAAGCUGUUUAUGAGAUGUAUACUUGUGAAACAACUUCAAGCCUUUGAAAAAUGAUUUCACAACGUUUUCUAUGGCUGUAACAGCCUGUACUGUGCUCAGUGCCUUUUUUUCUAUGUAUUUCAUACAUAUGAAAUGAAAGUGUUGGUCCUUGAGUAAAUACCCUGUAUUCUAUUUCAAACACAAGCCUACAGAACUUGAGAAGUGAUCAACCUAACAGUGAAUGUCCUGUGCUGUCUGUGGAGGUGGAGUGACUUGUUAACUGAAUCAGUAAUAUACUUCUUGUAUAUUCUUCCCAAAAUUAAGUGUAAGGUACACCUUAUUCAUGUUAGUAGGUGUCCUUGAGCCUAAAUCUCACGCACACACAUACACACACACACACAUAUAUAUAUAUAUAUAUAUACACACACACACACACACACAUAUGUGUAUACGUGCCUAAAUAUACACACUGUGUGCACAUAAUUUACACACAUUUAAAAUAGAGGAACCGUUCAGUUUGGUACUAGUUGAAUCCUUAGUUCCUAGCUUGUGCUCAGUUCCAAAUGAAUGACCUUUUUCUGUCCUGGGACAUCAUCAAAAUUUUUGGCCAGAAAAACUCUGACAGAAUUUCUUGGAUUUUCCAAGUUAAUUACUUACCUCCUCCAGCACACAACGUACUUUUGCUGCCAUCCAAGAAGUGGCAAAUGGCCAUGGGCUAAUUCCCCAAUAACUGAUGCUUUGGAGUUUUCAUAUCACAAGUCAGGGUCUCAUAAAUCCCAAGACAGCCCCUCCCGCACACCCUUUCCACGGUGCUCCCGCCAUCAUCCCUACUUGUCAAUCACCAAUUAAGAUCGUGCCAUCAGUUGGGCUGACUGUUAAAUUUUUUGUAUAAAUCUAAAUGAGCUACUGUUCUUUGUAGAUCUAACAUGCAGGCUUAUUGAGCCGCUUGAGAACCAACCUGGUAUUAAGUGCAAUAAGCCACCAAUGGGUUUCCUUUAUGCCAACUUGUAUGCUGCUAAUGUAUUGUACGUGAUUCAUUCACCAUGUUGUUUUUUCUCGCUUGUAUAUCAUUUUGAGUUUAUUCUGCUUAAAUGGUUUCCGACUCAGCUUCAUGAAGCAAAGCAAAUCCCAUGAAAGUGCCACCUUUGCAAUGUGAAUUGGAAAGCAAAGACAGAUUCUUGUUUAGGUAAGCUGUGCAUGAAGUGACCACAGAUCAGAGAAAACAUUUUAAAAAAAUACCCCAAAAUGAGGCACUUAUAGUGCCAGGUGGACUUUUCAUUUUGAAAGAGAGAUUUUGGAGAAUUUUGGAGAUUUUGGAGAAUACAGGGUGCCCCAAAAUAUAUGCUGAGACUUUUGUCCCUUUAAAGGGACACCUUAUACUUUGUACUUAUGGUUAAUUCUUCUUUCUAGAGGGAUCUCCUUAUUCUAGGGGUUGCAAAAGAAACUCUGAAGCUUGCCUCAGGUUAAUAAAUUCUACCCCAGACUAAAUUUUUCUUUUGAGAGAGUCUAUUUAGCAAGCAGUAUAUGAUGGUUGACUUCUGAUGGAGGCCUUCAACAUUUGGUUGGAUUAUCCUUAGUUAUCAAUGAAGCUGAUGGCUGUAUUUUCACUAGUAGUCCAGGUAUUGUUACAUGCUGACCCCCGCUUGAUAUUUUGCAAGAGUCAAAACAGGUAUGUGACUGCAUUCACACACUCCUUUCUAAUCACCCUUGUCCCCCACCAUUACUUUUUUUUUUUAUUUUCACAAAAAUAUAGACCACAAAACACUAACAUCAUGACAUCACCCAGAAGGGAGAGUCUGGAUUGUGUGAAAUUCCUUUUCCUGCUUCCAUGGCUCCCCUGCUUAGCAUACAUUAUCACGUUCAAUCAAGGUGUUACAAGAAUAGCAUGUACUGUAUUUGUGUAUUGAUGGGAUGAGUUCCUUCUUAUUAAGUUGACUCAAACGUCAAAGGGCUUUUCAACUUUAGGGUCUAAGCAGGGAUAUAAUUUUCCUGGCUUUUAAGACUGUAAAUAAAUACAUAGCAAAAAGUGUCCUUUAAUUCAAGGGGGAAAUGAUCCUGUAGGGCUUCACUGCAGCGUUUGGCCUAGCUACCACACUUGGCCUCCCUCAACGGCCUCAAGAGAAAAAAAUGUGCUGAUUGAAUAAGAUUAUUGAUGGCUGGACACUCUUAGUUUAAGAAAAAAGAAACACUGAUGGGGGAGGUUUUAGUUUUUAUUGAACAGACACAAAGUGUCUGCUAUUGAAGAAGAUGGAAUGUUAGGAACUAGCUAUGGAAUCAUGAAGGAAGUAUCCUACCAUGCAACACUAUAUCCUUUUCAUAGCCAUUUUCUUUUGUUUGUUUACUGCUCUUUUGCCAUUGUACAUGACCAUUCGAAAUGUUUUGGCUUUUUCCAAUCAAAGAAAUAAGUCAUCUGGGCAGGGAAGGAGGGGAUUAUGGGAAAGGAGAGACUAUCCUAUCUGUUGCAGUCAUGCACUUCCCUGCCUGGAUUCCAGAACGUAAUGUUGUUGUUGUUGUUGAUUGUGAGUAGUUGGUGGGUCAUUUUGCUAUUCUGUGGUACCUUGAUGAUGAGUCUGCCUCAUUGCACCCCACCUCCCUGUUUUAUUUUUUAUGUAAAUGUUGCUUUCAGUCAAUCUGUAAGGAAAUUUCAGGAGAUGUGAAUUCAGUGGGUAAAUAAAGCAACAUUUAAUUUUUUUUUAAA